CUUGUUUUUGAGAAGAUAUCUCGGCAAAAUGGAACAUAGUGUGGAUUUGUGAAGCUUACAAAUAUAACCUCUGUAUUGAAUAAUAGUGUACAGACCUGAUUGGUUGUAGCAGUGAAUUACCUGGACGUAUAUCUACAUCAUCAUGGGAAAUUUACAGAUACACCCAGAGGACAAGAACAUGGACGCCGACGGCGAUGUCGGAGCGCCUGCCCAGUCCUCUGUGGCAGACAAACAGCAUGGCACAGGGCAGUACAUAGAAACAGGCAAAUUCAAAUCACCCGUUGCAUCAAGGGAAAGCUCAAACAUAGACCAAAAUCAGACUAAUGGGUUUAAAAAGUCACCGGAACCGGAAACGAAAUCACAAGAAUUUCUGACAAACGGGAAAAGGGAAGCAACUAACGUUCAAAUAGGAAAGAGAAGUGCUACGCUGUUCCUUAGUUCUCAUUCUUUGAAAGCAAGUUCAAAACCUAAACGAACGUCACCUGAGGUGGGGACAUUUCAGCCUCCGUCUAGAACACCAUCAAAUAUAACGCAAACAUCUAAUCAAAGAAAGCAAACUGUUCCUAGUGUUGUUGUUCCCGAUGAACUUCUUAAACUUAGAGUUAAAAAGGAGUUUACCUUCACCGGAUAUGACAUCAUGGCAGAUGUGGAACCUGUUCCAGUGAUCCCCGAGGAGGAACAGACCGCUCACGAGAUCCGCCAGAUGUACUCAGAGUCCUGUAAACAAGUGGGCGUCACCCCCGUGCGCUCCCUAACUCAACAACUGUGUACCCCGGUCGUCCAACUCCGGUGUCGCUCCCUCGGUCCCAAAGGAGCUGAUGCUCUAGCGAUAGCCCUAGUCAAUAAUCCUACAGUGACCAGCCUAGAUCUGGAGGACAACGGGAUAGCUUCUGAAGGUGCGAAAAGCCUGGCUGAAAUGCUCGAAGUCAACCAUAAUAUUACAGAUGUUAGUUUAGCUGAGAACUUAGUAUCAAAGGAUGGCCUAAGUGCAAUAACAGAUAUGAUGAAGAACAACUUCUACAUACAAUCGUUAGACCUUACAGGCAGUGGGUUUGUAGAUAGCGAUGCGUAUACCGUUGCUGACUUACUAGAAAAUAACAAGAUCCUCCGGGAGCUGAUACUUAGUCAUAACCAGUUCGGGGAUAAAGGCGGAUACGUCAUUGCUCAGGCCUUAGCACAAAAUGAUACGUUGCGGAUCAUAGAUCUGAGUUGGAACCAUAUAAGGGGAGAAGGUGCCAAAUCCAUAGCUGCUUGUUUGCAGAAAAAUUUAGGUCUAAGGAAACUGGACGUUUCCUGGAACGGAUUCACCACGGGGGAUUGUGCCAUAUUUAGUGUGACGCUGAAGGAGAAUACAACCUUGAAGGAGCUGGACUUAUCUAACAACCAGUUAGGGGAGACAGCUAUAGCAUACCUCAUGAAAGGAAUUCAGAAGAGUGACGGUCUGGAAAUUCUAAGAAUUGGAGGAAAUCUUAUCAUUCCCAGAAUGGCACUGGUGAUUUUGAAAGCAAUAGAGCAAUCCGAGGCGUGCAGACUUCAUACGCUGGACAUGGGGGAUACGGAAGUAGACGAGGAAUUUUACUCUAUGGCUGACGAAAUGCAAGCGAAGGGAUCAUUCGAGGUUGCGCACGGCCCAGUCAUCAAGCGAAGGGAUGCCAAGACAAAUUCCGCUGAAGCCAUUGAUGGAAACAUGGACGCUGUGUGUGAACUGUUUAAGUACAUGAGCGAUAAUAACUAUCGUGUGAUAGACCUGAUGAAAUGGCUUGAUAAGGAUAACAGCAUGAGUGUCAGUCGGGACGAAUUUAAGAAGGGCAUGAUUACGGCAGAGGUCCCUUUGACGGAACACCAGCUAGACCUCCUACUGGACCAGCUGGAUGAGGAUGGAGACGGGGAGGUAGACUUUAAAGAAAUGUUGUUAGGAGAACGCAUGUUCAGAAGGAAGAUGCGCCAAAAGAAGGAAAGAUUACGAUCAACAAAAGAAAAAUCUGCAAACUUACGGAAAAUUGUGCUGGCAGCAAUCAAGGAGAAGCCAUAAACUUGUUCUCACUGAAAUUAAGCCAACGACUAUCUGUGAUCAUAUUUUGCAAAACCUUGAUUGGUUUGCAUUGAAAUAUCAUUAAUGGGAUUUAGGUUAUAAAUUCGUAGGUUUUGUUAUUGUGGAACGGGAGUGAGCAGAAUAACAAAGUCUCAUUUUAUUGUUAUUGUUGUCAUCUGAUAAUGAGUUAUGAAAGUAAGACGAAUUUAACGUUAGUGAAUAAUGUGCAUAAGUUAACUUUCGUGAGACUAGAAACGUGACAAGCGAUUGUUUUCUCGAAAUCGACAUACAAAACUGUAUCCUUAAAUUGAACUGAUUUGCAGUUUAGGAAGUGUUCAAGAAAGACAUUGUUUUUAACUACGCAUUGUGCCAAAUCAUCUUUUGUAAUGAAUACUAUUUAUUAUGUGGAGUUUGAAUCUUUGACGACUGUUUAUAAGAACAAGACAUGUUUUUGUUCUGGAUAAGGGUUAAAUGAUGUGCGAAGUUUCUUCGCUAUUGUACAUAAUUCGUGACUGCAUCAAUCAUUCUUAUUACGCUGUAUUUGUACAUUUAAACUGUAGCUACCUCAAACGUAUAUUCGACAGAACACGAUAAAUAAGGCAAAUAAUCAGGAAAAAAUAAUUUUUCAAAUGAUUAUAUGCAGUAAUUAAGAGCAAGGAAAAAUAACUUACCACACCUUAAUCAUGCAAAAACAGUAUCCGAUAUAGAAGUUGAUACGUAAUGAUAACCGAAACUGAGGGAGAUCAUCUCAAAAGGAAACGGAUGAUAAAGGAUACGAGGUUUCAACACUAUAUACAUAAAUUUGUGUGGAUUUUUUCAACCGAUAAUUAACCGAAAUUCAAAUAACUCAGUUUGAGUGAACGAUUUUUGUAUUGCAGUAUACCACUGUUAAGCUAUUUUGGCUUUAAAUAUCCGAGUCCUUACACUUGUUGUGCUAAGAUUGGAAAACGUAAUGACAUGAAGUGAGUGACAGUUAACUGCCUAUCCAAGGUAUUCUAUCAGAGCGACUCCAAUAUACUCUAAUGAAAACAAAUAAAACUAAAGUUGUCACCAUAGCCAUAUUUCUUAUUAUAUUUAUCGAUUGUUCCAUUUUGUUUUGGUGACCUAAAUACUGGAAUUGACGGUAGACAUCAUUACGGUACCACAUAUAUAGCGGAAAACACCUUAGCUUCAGAGAAUAUGAGUUUCUUUAUUUUCUAUUGAUAUAUCCUUAAAUUCGAAUCUUGUGUAAUUUCUACUGAUUUUGAUCAUUGAUUCAGUUUUUCAAAUUUGACAUUGUCAAUGUUUUCCAGGAAGUAAUGGUUCGGCAUGUAUCGAAUAUUCAAAUGCGAUGCCCAUAUCAGUACUUCAUGAAGGUGCCUAUUGUCAACAAAAGACAAUUCCAAGCUCAUGUUUUUAAAGCAAGUUAUUUUGUACAAUUUCCUACAUUUGUUUAUUUAAAUGCCUUUUGUCCACCGAUGAUGUUCUAUAAGGUAACAAUGAUGAACGAUUUUUCUAAUUCUCAUUUGAAUCGCUUCGAAAUUAGAAUGUAAGGGAGUAUAUUCAUAAAUAUCGUGAGUAUUUUGAAUUCAUUAUAUAUUUAUUUAUUGAAUGCAUGUUAAAAAUGGAUAUUUCUCAAUAUUUGAUAUACUGUA